CUAAGCGUCAAACCAUGGUCAUUGGUCCGUGGUCGUGAAAAUCGAAAAUUUAAGUAAAUUCGAUCUGAAAGUUGUGACUAAGUCAAAUCGUUGUAGUUAUAUAGGUAGCUUAACGCGGAAUUCUGAUUUGAAAAAUUAUGUAAAAUGGCUAUAAACUUAGACAAAUUUAAGGCUGAUCUUCUUGCGGCGUGGAAAGACGUUUUAGAUGAGAAAUCUGACACCGAUUGGGCCCUAUUCAGUUAUGAUGGGAUGUCAAAUGACCUUAAAUUUAUUAGUAAAGGAGAUGGAGGCCUCACUGAACUUGUUGAUGAAUUCAAUAGUGGCAAGAUACAGUAUGCUUUCUUAAAAGUGGACAUUCCAAAUAGUACAAUAUCCAAAUAUGUGCUUAUCAAUUGGCAGGGAGAAGGCGCCCCAACAGUUCGUAAAGGGACAUGUGCUAACCACAUCAAGCAUGUCUCUCAGUUCUUUAAUGGAUUCCAUACAACAAUUCAUGCGCGGACUGAAGAUGACCUGGAUGAGAAAAUAAUCCUAGACAAUUUGGCUAAAGCUGGUUCAGCAUUUAACUUUAAGUCUAAUAGAAAUGAGGAGCAGCCACCUAGCGGACCAAUUGGCACUAGUUAUCAGAAAGUUAAUCCAGUACAAGAAAUAAAUUCUAAAGAACGGGAUCAGUUUUGGUUGAAAGAGGAACAAGAAGAGAAGAAGAGGGUAGAAGCAGAGAGGAAACAAAGAGAAGAGGAAAAGAGGAAAGCUGAGGAAGAAGUGAGAAAAAGGGAUGAACGUGAAGCCGCUAAACGGGCACAGGUUGAACAACAAAAUAUUCCUCAAGACAAAGCGCCUAGGACGAGUGUAAGUGAGCGAUCAGUUGAGGCCCGAGAACUUAUUGGUGCUUCGACCUCCGCUGCUAGAAAGAUGUUUCAGCAAAAUCUUGCUCAGGGACAAAUUUAUAACAAGUCAUCAAAUAUACCUGAAAAACCGGUCAGAAGUUCAGUAAUAGCGCAAAGAAUAAAUGCAUUCUCCCAAAAUACAUCUCAUCCAUCGUCACCGAUUCAUACACCAAAAUCGCCGACUCAACUUGAAGCCAAAGACAAUAUAACACCCAUCGAGAAAUCACCCACAGGCAAACCACCAACUCCAGCCACAGAGAAGCUAUCCAUAGACAAAGAGGAAGCCACAGAUUCGUUACAAGAAGACCAAAAAAGUCCACUAAAGAAUAUAGACAAGAUAAAGAUGAGCCUGGAAACACCAUCGCAGAUACAAUACGAACCGAUAAUUGAUCCCACAGAUCUUAGUCCGAGCACAGAAAACGAACCGAGCUCAUUUAGUUCUGUCAAUUACACAGAGUAUCUCGAUUACAGAGAUUUGAAGCAAUGCGAGCCGAUGAUCAAACAGAAUAUUCUGGAAAAUGAUAUUUUCGACCCGGCUUACUCGAGUUCGAAUGAAAAUGAUGAUGAUGAUUCCGAUAAUAAGUUUAGUACGAUCAAGAGGUCGCCAUACAGUAAAAAUAAUGACGCGGAGUUAAGUAGACAAAAUACGGUGAUUGAAAAUGUUAAUUAUAAAAAGGAAAACGGGGCUACACAUGAAGAUGUGUCACCCGAAGGUUUGGAAGAGAGCUCGAUAUAUGAAGAUUUGGAUGAUGACCCCGGUCUAACUGCAAGAGCCCUGUAUGAUUAUCAAGCAGCCGACGAAUCCGAGAUAACAUUCGAUCCGGGUGACAUAAUUACUCAUAUAGAACAAAUAGACGCGGGUUGGUGGCAAGGGCUCGGGCCUCAUGGCGUUUUCGGUCUGUUCCCCGCCAAUUAUGUUGAAUUAAUGCCUUGUGUGCCUCGCUAAGCAUUUAUUUCAGUAUUGUAUACCACAGACUGAUACUGGAUUUUUAACGGACUAGAGAUGGGUCGCAUUGCGCUGACAGUUGACAUUGACAGAUGUUAGUUGACACUUCAUGUUGUUGAUUUAACGAUCUUUUAGUAUUAUAUUGUGUAUCGAUUUCAUUAAUUAGUAUUGCCAUUGACUACUUUAUUUUUGACAAGACUGUGUUGCUAUUUAAUGAAAGAUGUCCGAUAAAUAUAUACUCUUUUCUACUCUAUAGAAAUUCUUUUAACAGUCAAUUGUCAAAGUGACAGCGUAAUUAUAAUGUGCUACCCAUCUUUAGACGAGAUUGUCAUAUUACGUAUUAUUGUCUGGUCGAUUUAAUGUACUUUAAAACGAAUAUUUCUUUAAUUGAGUUUUUUUAAUUGUACUGACAUAAAGAUAUUUUUACUUUAAGCAGUUAUUACAUAUAUUAUUAUAUAUGUAAUAACAUAUAGUAUUCUAAUAAGCAUAUCUUUGGUAAUAACCUCAUUUCUGAAAAAAACAUUAUGGGCUUAAUAUGGAACGUAGACUUCUGACUGCCGUCACCCCCGUAUGCCAAAACAUUAAUGGAGCAUAUGACUGUGUUACCAUGGCAACCAUUCUUUUUUCAUGGUUAGAAUCACUUGUCUACGUUUUAUAUUAAUACCACAUAAAUCUAAUUAUAGUCAAGGUCUAAUUUUUAUAAGAAUUUUUAAUAACAGUCUCAAAUUUCAUCGAUUUUCAUAGAUCUCUCAAAUAGAAUAUAAUAGUUCAAUAGGUUUUAUUUGAAUCUUUAAAGACAUUUAAUUCUAACGACUUUACAUAUGAAUUUUGACAGUGAUUACUAUGUACUCAUAAGGGUGGGUUCUAGUUCUUAAUUAAAUAAUGCGAUUUUAUUUUGCAAUUUAUUGACGCGAGUGCUAUUACAUGCAAUAAUUAUUCCACAAUAACCUUAUUGGUUGUAGGGAUCUGGCAAAAUACAGUUUUAGAAUGUCCUUUUCUAUUUAUUAAGAAAAGAGUGAGAUGGCGAAUGAAUUUUUGUUAACGUGGCAGAUUUCGACAACCGUAGUUAUUUAAAGUUAUAUGUAUAUUGUGAUUCAAGUUAAGUUUAGCUAGCUGAAUGUUUGUUUUGUAAUACUAUAAAUGCAAACGCUAAUUACGGUACUGCCUGUAGUUGUCUAUGGCCCGUCUUUUUAGCUACAAUCACGUCAUGGUCACUGUCAGAUGUGUCAAACUUCAUUUGGGUUGACAGCUCUUUAAUCUUGACUAUGGUUAAUAAAGGGCGCCUUCGACUGCAAAUAUUUAUUUGGCGUUUUCUUAUUACUUUUAUUUAUAAAAGUAUAUAACCCUAAUCUUUAUUAAACAUUUAAACAAAAUACUGACGGACUCAAUUUGACAUUGACAUCUGACAGACUAGUGAGCUUAUGAAUUGGUUGACUGAGCUCGGUUCAAAAUUUUCUUUUCAACUCUGUUUCAUUUUUAAUAAAAUGAUCUUCAAAGGUCUCAUAUAAAUGUAUUUAAUUUAAAAAUUGGUGUAAAUUUGGAGAUUUUGGUGACCAAAAAUUUUUUUUUUUAAUUUGGCCAUUGAUUUUGUUAAGACUGUUUUACGUUAAUUAUUUGUAUUAGUAGUAAGAAUUUUUUUCUAUUAUCCAGUGUUUAAUCAAAACUACCCUCAAAAUUGUGUCUUAGUAGUGCCAAUUAUAUAUCCAAUUUUAUACCCUUUUGUACUCCAGUGUAAUCCCAUUUAUAGUGUAGGCACUACAGUUAUUCAUAAGGUUAAGAGCUAUUUGGACAGUUCGAUUGAAUUUUUAUUAAUUUUAAAUUAGUUUUAAAUGUAUGUACUCUACGAUAAAUGCAUAUCGAUUUUAAACGUAGGAAAAGUAUAUAAUAUAAUCUCCUAAAAUAUCGUUUAGUCUCUUGAAACUGUGGAAUAAAAUCGUAUACAAAUAAAUAUAUUAUAUUCGUAUCCAAAAUAUAUUUCGAUCACAUUGCACAGGUUUACACUGUAAAAUAAUAUUUAUUAAAUUUUACUAGCCAAUUCUACGUUUGACAGUAGUUUAUGUAUUUGUUUUAAUUUCUACCCCAGAAUAUGUAAAACUCAGUAAUUAAAGCAAAAUUAUCACCAAUGUUAAAUAAAAAAGAUCAUUACCAUAAAGUUUAUUUGUAACUACGUAAGUCUAUGUGCAUAUAUCGUUCAGUAACACACAUUAUGCAUAAUCAUUAUUUUGUAAGGGUUGUUGCGGUUUUUGAGUCACAAAUUGUAUAUUUAGUUUCUAAUGUAGGUUUUCAUUCGCAUUUAUACACUUGUUCCAUAUGAUUUAGUAUAAAAUUAUUUAUAAUGAAUUUUCUAUUCGCAUAGCCCAGGCUGGCAAUAUGGACCGUUAUAUGUUUUUUAAAUUCUAGGGUUACUUUCGCAUUUAAUAUUAAAAGUUGACAGUUGUCGGUAAUAGAUGACCCCGUUUUGAAGUAAUUUCUUAGGUAUCUAGUGAGUUCCUAUAAUCACAACCCUAUAGCAUUUUUGUAUAUCUUUUGAAUUAGUUAUAGGAAACGACUGCAAGAAUGUGACCCCAAGUUAGUUUCAAGCGUGUAUGGUGCUCCAUCAGUGUAACAUAGUGUACAUUUGUAUCCUAUUUUCGAAAUAAACAGUCCUAGUUUAACAGAAA